GUUCAAUCCGUCCGUUUGGUUUAGCCGAACCAAAUGGCGGGCCUAAGGCUGAGAUGGUUCCCCCAGCCAAACUCAAUGCCUCUAUAUACUCUUUCUGUGGAGUUUGUGCGUUUGCCUUCGAUUUUUGAACCAUUCCCAUCCACUAACGAAAACUAUGCCAUCUCCGGCCAUUGUCCGGCGAGCUAUUGGAGUCUCAGUCACCAUCCAUUGUCUUCUCGAAAGCUCUCAAUCCGCCAUGGCUUUCUCAGAAGCUGUUUUUGACUAGUAAUGGAACCACACUCAUCUAGGGAAGAUUUGGCCAUCAAGGCAAGAAAGCCAUAUACAAUUACCAAGCAGCGAGAGCGAUGGACACAUGAGGAGCAUAAUAAAUUUCUUGAAGCCCUGAAGCUCUAUGGCCGAGCAUGGCAGCGCAUUGAAGAACAUAUUGGAACAAAGACUGCUGUACAGAUCAGGAGUCAUGCUCAGAAAUUCUUUUCCAAGCUAGAGAAGGAGGCACACGUUAAUGGUGUUCCCAUAGGACAAUCAAUUGGCAUUGAUAUUCCGCCUCCACGUCCCAAAAGAAAACCAAGCAAUCCUUAUCCUCGAAAGUCUAGUUCAGCUGCAUCGAUAUGUGACACAUUGCAUGUGGGAGCAAAGGUUGGAAAACUUUUAUCAUCAGCAUCUUCUUCACGCUAUAAACAAGUAGUGGACUUGGAGAAAGAACCACUUCAUGAGAGACCUUUUGGAGAUGAAAAGGCAAAUAAUGCAGAAAAUCAGGUAGCCAAUUGCACAGAAGUCUUCACCUUGCUCCAAGAUGAUCAUUGCUCUGUUUCUUCUGCAAACAAUAAUUCCAUACCCUCACAGGUAGCAUUCGGAAAUGCUUGCACUUUAAGGGAUGCAACAAAUGAAUUUCAUGUCACUAUUAAACUUAAAGGAAAUCAGAAUUUGAAGAAAAUUGAUGCCAAAAUGAUAGUUGGCGAUAAUGGCACAAGUGGAGCUCCGAAGUCAGGGAACACUAAUAAUGCUUUUCAUAAGGAGUUGGUUCAAGGUGAGAAAUUUUCAAGUCUUAUUGUGUCUUCUCUGUUACAAAAUCCUGCAGCCCAUGCUGCGGCUAGCUCCACAGCCGCAUUUUGGCCUUACGCAAAUGCGAAAAAUAGGGAAGACCCCCCAAGUAUGGCAGCAAUUGCUGCUGCCACUGUAACCGCUGCAACUGCUUGGUUGGCAGUCCAUAGACUGCUUCCUUGUCAAAUUGAUUUUAGCUGUUCUCCCAUCUCUAUGACCCCUCCAGUUCCAUCAAUGGAUACUGAUCAAGCUCCUCCAGCCAAGAGAGAGAGAGGAGAGAGUUCUCUGCAAAUUCCUUCCUUGCAGGAUCAACAACUGGACUCAAAACACACGGAAGCUGUGGAAGCUCAACAUUCAAACAUUGCAAAGGCUAAUACUGAUGAUAAGAAGGACGUUGCGUCAACUGGAGAAGUUCAUGAUUCAAACCAUGCAAAGAGCAGAAAACAGCAGGUUGACCGUUCCUCAUAUGGUUCCAACACGCCAUCCGACAGCGAAGACGAGACAGCUGCAAUAGAGAAGAAUGAGAAAGGGAAGGAAGAACAAAAAGAGCCUAAUACAAGUCACCCAGCUGCUGAGUCUAGUCACCGUCGCAGUAGAUGUGUCAGCAACGUGUAUGAUUCAUGGAAAGAGGUCUCUGAAGAGGGGCGCCUGGCCUUUCAUGCACUAUUCUCAAGAGAUGUAUUACCCCAGAGUUUUUCACUUACACAGGACCUCAAGAUUAAGGGGCAUCAGAAUGACGGUAUGGAAGACUCAAAGAAAAGUUGAAACGUAAAUUAGCCAACAACAAAAAAAAGUUGAAAAACGUUCCAACGUUGUUGAAUGGGACCUGACUUUUUACCAUAUACUAACCAUCUAGAAAAGUUAAUGUUCUAGGUAGUGCCACAUCAGCAAUGUUGAAAAUUGGUUUAUCUUGAAACUAAGAGUUAAAGCUUGACCUUUUAUGAGAUAUUGAAGAACAUAAAAGUGGAAUUCGAUUCCCGCAGA